GUUGUCAACAAAUACAACAUUUCCAUGUUAUAAUUCACUCUAAAUUAACCUUCCUUCCUCUCCACACUCUUUUGAAACAUUUCAACCACAAUGGCAAAAUCAUCAUCUUCCAAACAAAACUCAACCAUUGAUCCCUACAAAUUCCUCAAAAUCAAACUCAAUCUAAACGGUUCCCUAACAAGAAACUACGUCGUCCCCACCGUGCCACCAUCCUCCGAUCCCAAAGACUCGCAACCCGCUCUAUCCAGAGAUAUUACCCUAAAUGCCGCCGCAAAAACAUCGAUCCGCCUAUUCAUCCCAAACCCUCCACCGUCUUCCUCCACGACUAAACUCCCCCUCAUUCUCUACUUCCAUGGAGGUGGUUUCAUCCUCUACCACCCUUCAUCCCUAAUCUUCCAUCAUUCCUGCUCCACAUUUGCUGCUGAAAUCCCUGCCUUUGUUGCCUCUGUUGAUUAUCGUCUCGCGCCUGAGCAUCGCCUUCCCGCCGCAUAUAAUGACGCUGUUGAAUCUCUUCUCUGGCUAAAAUCCCAAGCUCAAAAUCCAACCCAAUCUGAUCCAUGGAUAAGAGACCACGUCGACUUUAGUAAAUGCUUCAUAAUGGGAAAUAGCGCGGGAGGUAACAUCGCCUACUUCGCGGCUCUUCGUGCUCUAGAUCUUGAUCUUUCUCCUGUUAAGAUCGAAGGACUCCUAUUAAACUCUCCAUUUUUUAGUGGAGCUCGGAGGACGAAAUCUGAGCUCCAUUUGAUUAACGAUCAUAUAUUACCGUUACCUGCAGGUGAUCUCAUGUGGACCCUAUCGUUGCCCAAGGGUGCAGAUCGCGACCACGUGUAUUGUAAUCCAACGGUUUCGAAUGCAAUAUAUGGUGAGAAGAUCCGACGGCUGUCGAGGACUUUUGUUAAUGGCUACGGUGGGGAUCCAUUGGUGGAUAAGCAAAAGGAGUUGGUGAAGAUUUUGGAGGCACAUGGGGUGCACGUGGAGUCCUAUUUUUGUGAGGAUGGGUAUCAUGCUGUGGAAAUAUUUGAUCGUUCUAAGGCACAAGCUUUGGUUGAUUAUGUUAAGAAAUUUAUACUCUCUACUGUUACUCCUCAAUCCUCUAUGUAAAACUUUAUGCUAGGAUGUAUUUUUAUCUCUUGCUUUUUUAAAAGAUCAUUUAAAAAAUAAUUAUUGGCAUUAUCACGUUUUUGUUAAUUAGGAAAAUGUCUGGAUGGUUAUAUUAUAUGCAACUUUCACUAAUAAAAGAAUAUUGUUA